GAGUUGAUAUGAAGUCGAAACCAGACUACAGAGCAUAAGAACAAGUGUUUACUACACAGUACUCGUCGAGUUUGGCAAAACAAGCGAAUAUAAUCGUAAGAGCUUUAUACAUUUAUAAAUGUGCGAUAGUGAAAACGUGUUUUUCGAGCGUUACAUUUUGAUACAACAGCUACCUACCGUUUAAGCGAAAAUUUUGUUGUAUAAAAUGGUCAUUCAACAGGGAUCAUUCAAGCUAAAAAUUCACGACACCGUUUACACAGUCGGAUCCGAUGUACCACCGGAAACUACUCUGAACGAAUACAUAAGGAACUAUGCUAACCUCAAAGGCACCAAAUUCAUGUGUUUAGAAGGAGGCUGCGGAGCUUGUAUAGUUGCCAUAAAGAGACCCAAUGUGAUAACCGGUAAAGAGGAGAUAAUCGCAGUGAACUCGUGUCUAGUGCCAAUUUUCAGUAGCUAUGGAUGGAGUAUAAUCACCGUCGAAGGCAUAGGUAACAAGAGAAAUGGCUAUCAUAAGGUACAAUCCACCCUGGCCGGAUUCAGUGGCACUCAAUGCGGUUAUUGUACUCCUGGCAUGGUCAUGAAUAUGUUCGGCUUACUCAACGGUGAUAAGAAAAUCACCAUGAGCGAUGUUGAGAAUUCCUUCGGAGGUAACAUAUGUCGAUGUACCGGAUACAGGCCUAUUUUGGACGCUUUCAAGUCUCUAGCCAGUGAUGCUACUCCCGAGUUGAAGAAAACUUGCACCGAUAUCGAAGAUAUCAUGUCCCAGAUGAAGAUCUGUUCCAAGACCCAGCAACCUUGCGAAAACUUGUGCAAAACUAAUGGAUCGAAUGGAUUCGAAGCUAACUCGUGUGCUUCUGGUAAUGAUACUCAAAUACCGGACGUUUCGUUUUCCUUGCAACUUCAGGGAUCUAGAUGGUUCAGAGUGAAAACCAUUCAAGAAAUUUACGAUGUUUUUGAAAUGGUCAAGGAUAACACCAAGUGUAUGAUCGUUGGAGGCAAUACAGCUCAUGGAGUCUACAGAUCAGAGCCUCAAGACAUCUACAUCGACAUAAACGGAGUCAAAGACCUGCACAUCUACACAUUGAACUCAGAUAACCUCGUCUUAGGAGGAAACAUGUCUCUCAACAAGACCAUAGAAGUAAUGAACAAAGUAGCCGCAGAAAACCCAAAUAAAUUCGGCUACCUCAAGCAGAUGGCCAGUCACAUUGAUCUUAUCGCCAACGUACCAGUUAGAAACAUUGGAACCUUAGCUGGUAACCUAUCGAUUAAAUAUUCCCAUCGAGAAUUUCCAUCUGAUUUGUUUCUUAUUUUGGAAACAGUCGGCGCAAAAUUAACCAUAGGUCAUGUAACUGGAUUGGUGUACAAGUAUGCAUUAGCACAGUAUCUUGGAUUGGAUAUGCGACGCAGAAUCAUAUUAAAUAUUACACUUCCAGCAUUGGAUUCGUCUACUUAUGUGUAUCGUUCGUAUAAGAUCAUCCAAAGAGCACAGAAUCAUCACGCAUAUGUCAACGCUGGUUUCCUUGUCAAAGUCGACAAGAAUACUUUUUACAGAGUGCUCGAUUCACCGAGUUUUGUUUUUGGAGGAAUAAGUCCCCAAUUCGUACAUGCCACAAAUACCGAAAAUUACAUGAAAGGCAAAAAUUUACUGGAAGUUAAUACACUAAAGGAAGCAUGCAGAAUAUUAAAAUCUGAACUGAAGCCUGAUAACGUUCCUCCCGAAGCAUCGCCAGAGUAUCGAGUUUCGUUGGCUGUGAAUUUAUUUUACAAGUUUGUCCUCAGUUUAAGUCCAAGCACCAUCGAAAGCAAAUACCGUAGUGGAGGCUCCAUAUUGACCAGGCCACUUUCUUCAGGCAAGCAAGAUUUCCAAACUGAUAAAUCCCAAUGGCCUGUAACCAAACCGAUGCCAAAAUUAGAAGCAUUCGCACAAUGCGCUGGAGAAGCCGAAUAUGUAAAUGAUAUUCCAGUACAAGUUAACGAAUUGUACGCAGCUUUCGUUGUAUCCAAAAAAGGACCCGGAAAAUUGACCAGCAUCGAUAUGAGUCCUAUAAAAGAUAUCCCAGGAGUUGUGAAAUUCAUAUCAGUCAAAGAUAUUCCGGGUAAAAAUACUUUCCUAGAAGUAUUUCCGAUAAAAAUCGAAGAAGAACCGCUCUUUGCCGAUAAAGAAGUCCUCUACGCUGGUCAACCAGUCGGCGUGGUUGUCGCAAAUACACAAACUCUCGCCAACAGCGCCGCCGAUAAGGUGAUCGUAAACGUCGAACAAACUCGCAAACCAGUUCUCGAUCUCAAAGCAGUCGUCGAUUCCGGAGAUAGAAGCAGAAUAAGUUUACAACUCGAAAAACCAGCCACCACUGAAAAAAAAGACGUAAAGUACAAGUUCAACGGUUCUUGGUACAUGGGAGGCCAAUACCAUUUCACAAUGGAAACCCAAAGCUGCUACUGUAUCCCAACUGAAGAUGGAAUGGACAUAUACCCAGCAACUCAAUGGAUUGCCGCAGUUCAACAAGGUGCAGCUUCAGCUUUAAAUAUGCCAGAGAAUAGCAUUAACGUGAGCGUUAAAAGAUGUGGAGGAGGAUAUGGUGCCAAACAGGGACGAUCUGCAAUGACAUCAACAGCUUGUGCGGUGGCAGCUUACAACAUGAGGGUUCCAGUUCGAAUGGUUGUGAAAUUAGAAACCAAUAUGGAAGCAGUUGGAAAAAGGUUCCCAAUGUAUGGCAAAUAUGAGGUAGCCAUUAACGAAAAAGGUGCAAUUCAACGCAUGAGCAUCGAUACGUACACUGAUAAGGGCAUCACUUUGAACGACACCCUCAUGGGAAGAAUCGUAUUGCAUGUUCAAAGUUGCUACGAUUCGACUACCUGGAAUAUUGUUGAAUACGAUGUGAAAACAGAUUACACCACAAAUACGCAUGCCAGAGCUCCUGGUAGCGCUGAAGGAAUAGCACUUAUCGAAUACAUCAUGAAUCAUAUCGCCAGUGUAGCCAAUCUUGAUCCUACUGCCGUACGAUUGGCUAACCUUAGACCGGAAUUUUCCUCAUCUAUACCACCUAUGAUUGACGACGUGAAACAAAACUCAGAUUUUAUCAAUCGUCAAAAAUCUGUCGAAGAUUUCAACAAGGCUAAUCGAUGGACGAAACGGGGCAUUUCUCUGGUAACGAUGAAUUACCCUUAUGAGAUUCCUCUGCCUUAUCACACGCUGAUGUCAGUCUACAUGUACGAUGGAUCUGUAGCUAUCACUCAUGGAGGUAUUGAGAUAGGUCAAGGUAUAAAUACCAAAGUUGCUCAAGCUGUAGCUUACGCAUUGGGCAUAGAUGUGACCAUGAUUAAGAUCAAACCUUCGAUGUCUCUAACAAGCCCUAACAAUGGACCAACCGGAGGAAGUAUGGGUAGUGAUGCAGUUACUUUCGCUGCCUUGGAAUGUUGUAAAAUAAUGCUCGGCCGACUCGAACCCAUAAAACAAAAAAAUCCUGGUAAAUCGUGGCCUGAAAUAAUUAAAGCCGCUGCACUUGCGAGUGUUGACUUGAUGUGCGAAUAUAUGUAUUCUCCAGCGAUUAGCGCAGAUAACUUCAAUUACAACAUUUUUGGAGUUGCUGUUACGGAAGUCGAAGUUGAUCUGUUGACUGGACAAUACUUGAUCAACAGAGUUGAUUUAUUGGAAGAUGCGGGACAAAGUAUAAGUCCUGAUGUGGAUAUUGGUCAAGCUGAAGGCGCCUACGUCAUGGGAUUGGGAUACUGGUUGUGCGAAAAAUUGGUUUACGAUCAGAAUACAGGAGCUUUGCUCACUAAUCGAACUUGGAAUUAUACACCUCCUGGAGCGAAAGAUAUCCCAGUUGAUUUCAGAGUAUAUUUCAGGAGGAAUGCUCCUAAUCCAAAAGGUGUUCUCAGAUCAAAAGCUAUUGGAGAGCCACCACUUUGCUUAAGUAUUGGCAUAGUUUUUGCUAUUCGAAAUGCAUUACUUUCUGGUAGAAAAGAAGCAGGAUCUAAAGAAGACUGGUUCCCGAUCAAUCUACCUUAUACUCCAGAAAGUGUUCUACUUAGCUCGAUGACGUCACUGGAUCAAUUUGCUCUAUGAUAUACUCGUAUUCAUUGUAUGUUUGCAUUUUUUUUUCUGUCUAAAUGUUGGGCUCAAUUUAUUAUUUAUACUUACACUUUUUUUUACGUAGGUAAUAAUAAAAUUUUAAUUCUGUAAUACAUACAA